CUUGUCAAGGCUUUGCCCUUACCAUGAACUUCAGGCUUGACUUCAGGUCUUCAUAGCAAUUAGAAUAAAUAUUCGUGAUGGCUACCUCUCCACGGCGCUCAAGAAGACGCUUCUCUUCUGCAUCUAUUGGUGCGACAUGGAAUACACAGUUUUCACCACUCUCCACACCAGUUUCGCGUGGUCGCCGAAGAAGAUCCUCAUCCAUCGACUUUGAUGAUGAUGUUAUUCACAGUUCAGACGUAAAAGAAGAGAAAACGAGACAUGCACCACUCGGUGACCAUGGUCUCGACUGCGAGAGGAUGCUUGAACCCGAACUCGAAGUUCAUCCAUUGACAUAUGCAUCACUCCCCCCAACUCCUAUCCUGCCGUCGCCGCCUGCCUCUCCACCUCCAAUAGUCAGAGAGCUGCCGCAAGACCAGCCUCUGUUUUCUCUAUGGGAUUACCUAUGGGAAGAACUUCUCGCGACUGACUUUGACUCGCACCAGGAGUUAAAGUGGGAGAGGGUGAGCAAUUUCUUGAGUAUUCCUCUAGCAAUGGAAAAGAUCAUUGGCUUUGGCUUCAUACUUUGUUUGGACUCAUUCCUCUAUACUUUUACGAUAUUACCCAUCAGAUUCGCACUGGCGACCAUCCGUUUUUUUCUCAAUUUUUUCAAAAUCUCCAAAUUGCCUCUCCCGCCAUCACAGAAAGCUGACAUUCUUCGAAUGAUGCUGGUUGUGGUCUCUAUCAUGGUAUUGAUUCCACUCACGGAUGCCAGUAAGAUCUAUCACUCCAUACGCGGACAAGACACUAUCAAACUAUAUGUAAUAUUCAAUGCAUUAGAGAUUGCUGACCGUUUGUGCGCUUCAAUAGGACAGGAUAUUCUUGACUGCCUAUUUUCCCGCUCGACGCUCGAGGUACUUUCCCGUCGAGUACCGGUUACGUCCAACACGCUUCGUCCAUUCGUGUUUUUCGGGCUAGCCACCCUCUACAUUGUUUCCCACGCAUUGGUGAUGAUUUACCAGCUCCUGGCUCUUAAUGUGGCCGUCAAUUCUUAUGACCACGCACUCCUGACUCUUCUCGUCUCGAAUCAAUUCGUCGAGAUUAAAGGAAGUGUUUUCAAGAAAUUUGAAAAAGACAACCUCUUUCAAAUCACAUGCGCGGAUAUCGUGGAACGAUUUACACUCUCACUCAUGCUUCUCAUUGUUGCAUUCCGCAAUUUAAUCGAGUUGAGUGGAUCUGAGUUUGAUUUUACGGGUGGAUUCGUCCUUCCGAUGAGCUUUGGCUGGUUCAUAGGCAACAACGUCCUAUGGACAAUAUCCUAUCCUGUGGUGACAGUAAUGGCAUCUGAGAUCCUCGUGGACUGGCUGAAACACGCAUUCAUCUCUAAGUUUAAUCACAUACGGCCAUCUGUAUAUGAACGAUACACCGAUGUGCUCUGUCGUGAUUUGGCUAGUGGCAGUGCUAUAGGACGCCUGGGUGCUCGAAAGCAUAGCUAUGUUGAUCAAUCGCCAUUAGUGGCCCGACGACUUGGCUUUGCCUCCCUUCCGCUUGCAGUUGUUGUUAUUCUAGUUGGCCUUCAGUCAUUGACUCUUGUCUUCUCUCUUCGUUUUGAAGACGAAUGGGGAUGGGAUGCUCUCAUGGAUAUGUCUAAUGCCGAAGUCGUACGCCUACUUAAGUGGGCGGUGAUGGGGGUGGCAUUUUGGUUAUGUUUUCUCGCCUUAAAGGUUCUCCUUGGUGUGAAUCUCAUCUCAUAUGCAACGCGUCGCCGAGCAGGCAUGGAGGCCCGCGCUGCUGCGGACACCGUCAACGACUUUGGACGAGAUCCUAUAGGAGAAGGUAAGGAGGAGCGUGAGUACAAUAAGCAGCUCAAGAAGAUGGUGGAUGAUUGGAGAGAUGAUGCCGUGCGAGUGGGUGAGAUGGGUGAGGGGCUUAUACGUGGCGGUAAUGGACAAGGCGGUGGUGGUGACAAGAAGCGGGUACCCCUUGAAGAGUUGACUCGAUUUACAAUGGUGAAGCGUAUUUGGUGAUAGGAGCUUGCAAUGUCGAAUGAUAAAAAUGGUCUUUCAACGUUUCUGCUGGAUAGUAAUAAAAUCGACUGCAUUACCAGC